AUGCGCACCUUCCAUACCGCCUUCCUCUCCACGCUGCUUGUGGCAAUGUCGCAUGUGGUCCAGUCUCAAGACUGUGACCUUGUCGACCAGCAAGCAUGCUGCUACGUCGAAGCUGAUGGCGGUAGUGACACCUCCUAUUGCUGCAACGGCUCUAUCGUGGGCAACCCAGGCAACUCCGGCGCAUCGGCUCUCAACGAUCUUACUUGCUGUCAAGAUGACGGACGCACGGGAAUAAGUGUCGGCUUCGAUAUCACGACCUGUCGAGCUGGCUCUGCCACACCUCUGACCGCGAAAGGAACCGCGGCAAGCACUGUUGCAGACGUCAUCAAGAGUAUCAGCGCUUCGAGAAGUGCUAGCAGGGAGUCAUUGUAUAGCUCGGCAUCUGUCUCAAGAGCAAGUGCUGCUGCUGCCUCGGCGUCGGUGACAAGCACUGGGGGAUCUGGUACUAUGAGCUCGUCGAGUGGAUUGACCGAGUCAUCUUCCAGCAGCGUAUCGAGGUCCGGAUCUGGAUCGUCUUCCUCGGCUGUCGCAGCUAGUACGACUUCUUCAUCUGGUUCAGCGGCAGCUGUGAGUUCCUCUCCAACAAGCACCGGCGGUGUUGCCAUGAUGACCAUGGAUGCCUUGAAUGCCGCAAUGGCUGGUGGACUCGCCCUCUUCGCAGCUGUGUUGUAG